AUGCAUUACCUUAAAUCACUGAUACUCAGAUCGUCCAAGCGUCUUUUAUCUUCUUCAACUAGGAGAUUAGCCGAAGUUGAAGUCACAGUCGAUGGAAGAAAAGUCUCCAUUGAAGCUGGCUCUUCAAUCAUUCAAGCUGCAGAACUCGCAGGCGUCACUAUCCCACGUUACUGUUACCACGACAAAUUGGCCAUUGCCGGUAACUGUCGUAUGUGUUUGGUUGAUGUUGAGCGAAUGCCAAAAUUAAUCGCAUCGUGUGCUAUGCCUGUGCAAAACGGUAUGGUUGUUCACACUGACUCUGAAAGAAUUAAAAAGGCAAGAGAGGGUGUUACCGAGAUGUUGUUGGAAAACCACCCAUUGGAUUGUCCUGUUUGUGAUCAAGGUGGUGAAUGUGACUUGCAAGAACAAUCCCAACGUUAUGGUUCAGACCGUGGUAGAUUCAAGGAACUUGUUGGUAAGAGAGCAGUUGAAAACAAAGCCAUUGGCCCAUUGGUCAAGACCUCAAUGAAUAGAUGUAUCCACUGUACCAGAUGUGUUCGUUUCAUGAAUGACGUUGCUGGUGCGCCCGAAUUUGGUACUGCUGGAAGAGGUAAUGAUAUGCAAAUUGGUACUUACAUUGAAAGAAACAUCAAUUCCGAAAUGUCGGGUAACAUCAUUGACUUGUGUCCUGUUGGUGCAUUGACUUCAAAGCCAUACGCAUUUAGAGCUAGACCUUGGGAGUUGAAGAGAACUGAAACUAUUGAUGUCAUGGAUGCAGUUGGUUCAAACGUUAGAGUUGAUUGCAGAGGUAUUGAAGUUAUGAGAGUGUUGCCAAGAUUAAACGAUGAAGUUAACGAAGAAUGGAUUUCAGACAAGUCAAGAUUUGCAUGCGAUGGUUUAAAGACCCAACGUUUAACCGCGCCAUUGAUUAGAAAUGGCGAUAGAUUCGAGACUGCUACUUGGGACGAAGCUUUGUCAACCAUUGCUGCUGCUUAUGCCAAGGUUAAACCACAAGAGGGCGAAUUGAAGGCAGUUGCUGGUGCAUUAGCCGAUGCUGAAUCUAUGGUUGCUUUGAAGGACCUUGUUAACAAGUUGGGUUCAGAAAACGUUACAACCGAUGUUGCUCAAGGUGUCGAUGCCCACGGUUUGGAUGUUAGAUCCAACUAUAUCUUCAACUCUACAAUUGACGGUAUCGAAGAUGCUGACGAAAUCCUUUUGGUUGGUACAAACCCAAGAUUCGAGGCAGCAACUUUGAACACCAGAAUCAGAAAGAUCUGGUUGAGAUCCAACUUGGAAAUCACCUCUGUUGGUCAAGAAUUUGACUCCACAUUCGAUGUUGCCAAGAUUGGUGACAAUGCUAAUGACUUGGAGAAGGCACUCAAUGGCGACUUGGGUAAGAAAUUGGCUGCUGCAAAGAAGCCAUUGAUUAUUGUUGGUUCCGGUGUUGCUGACUCGAAGGACUCUGAAGCAAUUUACAAAUCGAUUGGUGAAUUCGCAUCCAAAAACUCCAACUUUAAUACACAAGAUGGCUGGAACGGUGUCAACUUGUUGCACCGUGAGGCAUCAAGAGUCGCUGCAUUAGAUAUUGGCUUCCAAUCAUUAUCCCCAGAAAUAGCCUCCACAAAGCCAAAAUUCAUUUACUUGCUUGGAGCAGAUGAAAUUACAAACAAGGACAUUCCAAAGGAUGCCUUUGUUGUUUACCAAGGUCACCACGGUGAUAUUGGUGCAUCAUUUGCCGACGUUAUUUUGCCAGGUUCGGCAUACACAGAGAAAUCUGGUACAUAUGUCAACACCGAAGGAAGAACACAAGUGACCAGAGCAGCUACAAACCCACCAGGAGUAGCGCGCGAAGAUUGGAAGAUUAUCAGAGCAUUAUCCGAGUACUUGAAUGCCAAAUUACCAUACGACGAUAUCGUUUCGCUCAGGAUAAGAUUGGGUGAAAUAGCACCACACUUGGUAAGGCACGACGUUAUUGAGCCUGUCUCUUCUGAAAUUGCACAAAUUGGUUUCCUUGAUUUGGUGAAUAAGAACAAAUCGGCAAAGGUAACCGGAGAACCAUUGAAGAACCCAAUUAGCAACUUCUAUAUGACAGAUGUGAUAUCAAGAUCAUCACCAACUAUGGCCAAGUGUGUGGCUGCAUUUGGUGCAAAGAUUGACAAAACAAAGGAUGAAAAACCAGAUAUAAACUUUUAG